CCGAGUCGACUUGGCUCGAUUCAGUCGCGGCCGACCCGCCACGCUGCGAGCUUUGUCGAUCCACGCGAGUGUCCGUGCUUCCGUUCGUCGCGUCUUUCAAUCACUCAACGUCUACCCGUGUUCAACCCCUCGUAAAAGCCAUCCUUUCGUCCCGAAAGGAACGAAUCCCGCCUAGCCCGGGCGAGAAAAAUCGACCGGAAGGGAAAUAAAACGAAACCAGCAUUAGUGCGGCCGUGAAUUUCUCUCGCGUCUACGUUUCACUCACCCCUCCGUUGGAUCCGUGGUUCGCGAGUGCGAGUGGUGUUCGAGUGCCUCGCCUCGCCAGUCCACGCUGUCCACGAGUCGCGUGGAGCCCAGUGCGGAAGCAGGCGAAGAGGAACAGGUGUCUCGCUCGGGGGAUAAGCAAGUCUGUCGUCGCGGAUAAUAAGGGUUUACCAGGGUGUCCGAGUGCGGUGAAAUGAAACGUCCAGUGGUGUUCCAGUGGCAGCGCUGUGCGCAGCUACUCGUGGACCGUGGUAUUUUGUGAACCGGCGACGCGUGUGAAGUGGAGUGGAAACAGAGUGGGUUCUCCUGGUUCCGGUGUGCUUGCGGCCCUUCACGAGAGAUUGCAAAGUACUGUUUGGAUACCCUGGAAUUAAAUCGAACAGCACGUGGAUAAUGAGCAUCCUAUAGCAUUGUCACCGCUAACGAGAGCCUCGUGGACACGUAAACCCUCGCAAGCAGUCUCUGAGAGGCACGCAGCGGACAUCCUGGAUUAGCAGCCGGAACAACCCUCGAAAACAGGAAGAACCGAGCGCGAAGAAACGAUACAUCCGCGUAUCGGCGACAAACGCUGGCAAGCGCCCAGGGUACAAGAAACUUGGCAAGAGGCAACGCCCUUUCCCCGACGGGAAGAUGAAGGCCAGCCUGGUACGUCGGCUCGUUGGCACGUCCGUGACCUAAGGCCGCCCGUCGAGUCUCUUCCGGCCGAAGAAGAGGAACAAGGCCAAGGGAAACGCGGUUCCGUGCGGUGGCCGAGCAUGACGACGAUCGUGACGAGCUCCGAGCCGACGGAGGUGGUGUCCUCGGUGGACGUGACGACCCUGUUGAACGCCAUCUCGACCGAGGACAGCCAGUUCGCGAACAGCAGCUACUCGAACGAGCAGAAGUGGUCUGUCCCGGCCACGAUCGCGAAAGGCUGCCUCCUAGGCUCCAUCAUAGUCACCGCGGUGUUCGGUAAUCUGCUGGUCAUGGUGUCGGUUAUGCGGCACCGGAAGUUGCGGAUCAUCACGAAUUAUUUCGUGGUCUCGCUGGCCCUGGCAGACAUGCUGGUCGCGAUGUUCGCGAUGACGUUCAACGCGAGCGUCCAGAUGACAGGCAGGUGGCUGUUCGGCUACUUCAUGUGCGACGUCUGGAACUCGUUGGACGUUUACUUUAGCACCAGCUCUAUUCUGCACCUAAUGUGCAUCUCGGUGGAUCGUUACUGGGCUAUCGUGAAGCCGCUCAAGUACCCCAUCAUCAUGACCAGGAGGAUCGCCGCCUAUAUGCUGCUCGCCUGCUGGAUCAUGCCCGCGUUCAUCUCCUUCAUGCCCAUCUUCAUGGGCUGGUACACCACCGCCGAGAACAGCAUGCACCGGCAGAAGCACCCGGAGCUGUGCGAGUUCAAGGUGAACAAGGUGUACGUGAUAUUCUCGUCGAGCAUCUCGUUCUGGAUACCGUGCACGAUCAUGACUCUCACGUACUUCGCCGUGUUCAAAGAGGCGAACAGACAGGAGAAGCAGAUGCACAGUCGGAUGGGAAACGUGAUGCUACUGAGCCACAGGCCCAGCAAGGAUUUGAAUAACCUGAACGGGGAGCUGAACAGCGCUGGCUCGUCCAAGACGCUAACGUUGAACGAGAUCAGCACUGAUCAUCUGCAUACUCCUACGAAGGAUAAGAAUAUCAUGAAGAUGAAGAGAGAGCACAAGGCUGCCAGAACGUUAGGCAUCAUCAUGGGUACCUUCAUACUGUGCUGGUUGCCGUUCUUCUUGUGGUACGUUAUCACGACUUUGUGCGGUAAAUCCUGCCCGUGUCCCGACAUCGUGAUCGCGCUCCUUUUCUGGAUCGGGUACACGAACUCGGCGCUGAACCCGCUGAUCUACGCGUACUUCAACCGCGACUUCCGAGAAGCCUUCAAGAAUACUCUGCAGUGCGCGUUCUGCUCGCUCUGCAGACGAGAGCCGUCCGACCUCGAGGCGCUCGAUUUCCGUCGGCCGUCCCUAAGGUACGACGACCGCACUAAGAGCAUAUACUCGGAGACGUACAUGAAGCACAUCGACCGACGAAGAUCGAGCGAGUACGGUAGCAGCCUCUGAGAGAAGAGCAACUUUGUACGCCAUCAGCAGCCGGAGAAGAGGGACGAAAAGAGCAAAAGACACGCAUAAAUACGUACACACCCACCUAAUUAUACAUACGUACCGUCGCCUACACACGCAACAAGUAAAACGACGCGUAUAAUCGUCGACUAUAUACGUAACGCGUAGCCCGCCUCGAGAGAUUCUCCGAUCCGCCAUCUUGCCAAAAACUCACGGAAGACGAAUCUCAUCAAGUACUCGCGUUUCUAACGAUAUUCAGCCGCCUCGCGUGCUCACGGUUUCUACGGUGUUCGCGUUUCAAGCGAACGGAGAAGCUUCCACAAGUGUCGCCUUAAGCCCUUUUCACGCGUGCCGACACGAAGUGUCACUAAAUAUCCGAAAACGCAAUUCCCCGAGGAGCUCGACGCGUGUUAUACUAGACAACGUCGACAGGGAUUGCGAGAAAUAUUCCUCGUGAAAUGUACCUCGUGAUCUUCUCACAGUGGUCUAUCACGAAAGCGUGAAACGGGCUUAACGCGUAGAAACUGCCUUUCGCGGAGCAUACAGCUCGCUAUCGAACUCAAUGGGACCUGUGGUGAAGGAUUCUAGAGAUUCUAGACGAAAUAUCACACUUUAGUAUCUCCUAAUCCAUUUCUGGAGUCAUCGAACAUGUAAAAAUUGGUCAAAAUGGUCAAAAUAUUGGCCAGCCAAUUGGUCAAAGUAUCAUUGGAAAAGAUUAUCUCUAUAGGUUAAAGAUCACAGAGAAGAGACGUCGAUGGCUUCUCAAACAUCGAAAUCGUUGCACGAAGUGACGAGCAAAUUGGGAACGCUGGGAAACACUACAAAAUGGCGGGAGAAACCGGUAGCACGCGUGGUUGCGGAACACAGGGGCACACGAGGAUCACGUGUCGUCGCGAAGCGAUCACAGAGAUGCACACGGAGGACACGUAGACGCGAAUGAAACGCAUAGGUCACGUCGCAUUGCCAAAGAUAGUACUUUUAAGGAUUCUCGCGGGGACUGAGCUUUAUAUCGGAAUCGAUGGGGCAGAGGAUCUUCUGCGGAUCCCCUGAUACCGAAGAGACCUUCUCGUUCUUCCAUCCUCGUUGAUAGGAGGACGGGAAAGUUUUUUCUGGGAAGGAAGACGACAGAUGUCUGGUCGAAUCGAUCAGCUCGUCGGGACAUCUUCGUCCGUUUCUUCUGUCGGUUCUUGAGCGAUGUCCUAUUGGGUGGCCAAGUGUGCUGUUCGAUUCGUGGAACGAUUCGAGCCCCAUAAGAAAUCGUUUAUCGACCAAUCUACAGAGCGAGUGAACGACUAGCUUGGACCUAAGAUUCAAAGAGGAAGCUUCGAUCAGAGAUCUCGUGUCAUGGUGAGAAACGUUUGUCCAGGUGUGUCCUGGUUGGCAGCUAGAGACCUAAUGUGACGUAUUUGGGUAAUUGGUGUUUGUCUUCACGGUUAGUUCGCGAGGGACGAAACGAACGAGAUCGUCAUGUGUUAGAUGAAGAUGGACGUUCAGUGAUCGAGGGAUAUAUCGUGUGGAGAUGGUGAUCUAUGUUAUUGUUAACUCGAUUAGUAUUAUUGCUCGUUGAUGAUGAUGUUACAUGACAGGCCGCAUGACAUGUUCCCAUCGCUGAUUUCAACGCGUAUCCUUCUGUUCGUUUUAAAAAGGAAUCGCGAUGCGAUGUACAAUUCCAAAGUGAUAGUUGUUAUCGUUGUUUGUUUGCGUAGUGUUAUAUCGAACCGGGUAUUUAUUUUCAACGCUUCGAA